GCGGCCCCCCCCUUCCCUCCGCCCCCCACCCCCGCCAAGCUCGGGGCGACGCCCGCGUGGAUGGGAUGGAAGCGGGACCCUCGGGAGCAGCGGCUGCUGCGGGCACUUACCUGCCACCCCUGCAGCAGGUGUUCCAAGCUCCUCGCCGGCCUGGGAUAGGAACCGUCGGGAAGCCAAUCAAACUCUUGGCCAACUACUUUGAAGUGGACAUCCCCAAGAUCGACGUCUAUCACUAUGAAGUGGACAUCAAGCCGGACAAGUGCCCGCGCAGGGUCAACAGGGAGGUUGUGGAAUACAUGGUGCAACACUUCAAGCCUCAAAUCUUUGGUGAUCGGAAGCCGGUGUAUGAUGGGAAAAAGAACAUUUACACGGUCACUGCUCUGCCUAUUGGAAACGAAAGGGUUGAUUUUGAGGUGACAAUUCCGGGAGAAGGCAAGGACAGGAUAUUCAAGGUCUCCAUCAAGUGGAUGGCCAUCGUCAGCUGGCGGAUGCUGCAUGAGGCCUUGGUGAGCGGUCAGAUCCCUGUGCCUCUGGAGUCCGUCCAGGCCCUUGACGUUGCCAUGAGGCACCUUGCCUCCAUGAGGUAUACCCCAGUGGGUCGUUCUUUUUUCUCUCCCCCUGAAGGAUACUAUCACCCUCUGGGAGGUGGAAGGGAAGUCUGGUUUGGAUUCCACCAGUCCGUCAGACCUGCCAUGUGGAAGAUGAUGCUGAACAUUGAUGUAUCAGCAACAGCAUUCUACAAGGCCCAGCCUGUGAUCGAGUUCAUGUGCGAGGUGCUGGAUAUCCGGAACAUCGACGAGCAGCCGAAGCCCUUGACCGACUCCCAGAGAGUGCGCUUCACCAAGGAGAUAAAAGGUUUAAAAGUGGAGGUAACUCACUGUGGACAGAUGAAGAGGAAGUACCGAGUGUGUAAUGUUACUCGGCGGCCAGCUAGUCAUCAAACGUUCCCUUUGCAGUUGGAGAGCGGCCAGACCGUGGAGUGCACAGUAGCACAAUACUUCAAGCAGAAAUACAACCUGCAGCUCAAGUACCCCCACCUGCCGUGUCUUCAGGUUGGCCAGGAGCAGAAGCACACGUACUUACCUCUGGAGGUGUGUAACAUCGUGGCUGGCCAACGUUGCAUCAAGAAACUAACAGACAAUCAGACCUCCACCAUGAUAAAAGCAACCGCAAGGUCGGCCCCGGAUAGGCAAGAGGAAAUUAGCCGGCUGAUGAAGAAUGCCAGUUAUAACCUGGACCCAUACAUACAGGAGUUUGGCAUAAAAGUGAAGGAUGACAUGACAGAAGUUACAGGGAGGGUCCUUCCUGCUCCGAUAUUACAAUACGGAGGUCGGAACCGGGCAAUCGCCACACCCAACCAGGGGGUCUGGGACAUGAGGGGGAAGCAGUUUUACAAUGGCAUUGAGAUCAAAGUCUGGGCCAUUGCCUGCUUUGCCCCUCAGAAGCAGUGCAGGGAAGAAGUGCUGAAGAACUUCACAGACCAGCUACGCAAGAUCUCCAAGGAUGCAGGGAUGCCGAUCCAGGGCCAGCCAUGCUUCUGCAAAUAUGCGCAAGGUGCAGACAGCGUGGAGCCCAUGUUCCGGCACCUGAAGAACACCUAUUCUGGGCUGCAACUCAUCAUAGUCAUCCUCCCAGGGAAGACGCCAGUAUAUGCGGAGGUGAAGCGUGUGGGGGACACGCUCCUGGGAAUGGCUACUCAGUGCGUGCAGGUCAAGAACGUAGUGAAGACUUCACCACAGACGCUCUCCAACCUCUGCCUCAAGAUCAAUGUCAAGCUUGGAGGAAUCAACAACAUCCUGGUGCCCCAUCAGCGCUCUGCUGUCUUUCAACAGCCAGUUAUAUUCCUUGGAGCGGACGUAACCCAUCCGCCGGCAGGUGAUGGGAAGAAGCCCUCCAUAACAGCCGUGGUGGGCAGCAUGGACGCCCAUCCGAGCCGAUACUGCGCAACGGUGCGGGUGCAGCGGCCCCGCCAGGAGAUCAUCGAGGACCUGUCAUACAUGGUGAGAGAGCUCCUCAUCCAAUUUUACAAAUCCACCCGCUUCAAGCCCACCCGCAUCAUCUUCUAUCGCGACGGAGUGCCGGAGGGACAGCUUCCCCAGAUCCUUCAUUAUGAACUCCUAGCCAUCCGUGACGCCUGCAUCAAACUGGAGAAAGAUUACCAGCCAGGCAUCACAUACAUCGUUGUUCAGAAACGGCAUCACACUCGCCUCUUCUGUGCGGACAAAAACGAGAGGAUUGGCAAAAGCGGGAACAUCCCAGCAGGAACAACAGUGGACACAAACAUCACUCAUCCCUUUGAGUUUGACUUCUAUCUUUGCAGUCAUGCUGGCAUUCAGGGUACGAGCAGACCUUCCCAUUACUAUGUCCUUUGGGACGACAACCGGUUUACAGCAGAUGAACUUCAAAUCCUCACCUACCAGCUCUGCCACACUUACGUCCGCUGUACCCGCUCUGUUUCCAUCCCAGCACCAGCAUAUUAUGCCCGCUUGGUGGCGUUUCGGGCACGAUACCACCUCGUAGACAAAGAACACGAUAGUGGAGAAGGCAGCCACAUAUCUGGCCAGAGCAACGGCCGAGACCCUCAGGCCCUUGCGAAGGCAGUACAGGUUCACCAGGACACUUUACGUACCAUGUACUUUGCUUGAAAGCCUAACUUUUUUUACCUCACUCCAGAAAGCUUUCAGAUUUGUAGGAGCCAUACAAAAAUAAAAAGAAGAAAGAAAGAAAAA